AUGGCGUCGGACGAUAGCGAGAGCCCCAGUUCCCAGCGGAUGGCAAGGCUCUAUGCGCUGAUGAACUCCGACGCGCCGAACGAGCUGUCCCUGCGGCUGCCGCAGCCCAAGCCCUCGGUUGCGCCACGGCUGGAAGAGCAGCUGCGGCAUUUGGAGGACGAGCUGCAGAAGACCAAACGCCACAAGGAGGUGCUGGAAACGGAGAAGGACGAGCUUUGGGAGCAGCUGCAGAGCCAAUCCACGGCAACGGACUUGCGGCACCGCGUGAGAUCCAUGUUGGAGGAGCAGAAGCGAUUGGUGGACCAACUGCAGGCGGAGAUUGCCCAGGAAAUGACUCAGCUUCAAACGCCGGCUUCUUCGCAGAGGCACAGCUUCGAUGGACAGCCUUCCAUGGCCUUCAGGCCGGCGUCGGCACUGAGCUCAUCGGUCCAGGAGCUGGCGAGCCCUGGACAAGGCAGCCUGCAGUGUUACCCAUGGCCUGCUCCGACGGAGUCUCCCAGGGAAGCACCGGAGGAGACAGACGCCAAACUGCAAGCUAGAAGGCCGCCAGCGGCACGGGCAUGCGCAGCGGAAGCGCGUGCAAGUCCUAGCCAGUUCAGCUCCGAAUGUUUGCGAGCUUCUCCGAGCUACGCCCAACAGCUUCGCCGGGUGAGCGUGGAAUCUGCCACGGAGCCAGCAGAGGCUCCGGAUGAGACGGAUAUUCAACAAUUGCAAGCUAGAUGGCUGCCAUCGGCACAGGCAAGCGCAGCAGCCGAAGCGCAGUUCAGCUCCGAAUCUUUGCGAGCUUCUCCGAGCUACGCCCAACAGCUUCGCCGCGUGAGCGUGGAAUCUGCCAUGGAGCCAGCAGAGGCUCCUGAUGAGACGGACAUUCAGCAACUGCGUGCAAGUCCUGGCCAGUUCAGCUCCGAAUCUUCGCGGGCUUAUCCGAGCCGCGGCCAACAGCUCCGCCGGGCGAGCGUGGAAUCUGCCAUGGAGCCAGCAGAGGCUCCUGAUGAGACGGACAUUCAGCAACUGCGUGCAAGUCCUGGCCAGUUCAGCUCCGAAUCUUCACAGGCUUAUCCGAGCCGCGGCCAACAGCUCCGCCGGGCGAGCGUGGAAUCUGCCAUGGAGCCAGCAGAGGCUCCUGAUGAGACGGACAUUCAGCAACUGCAAGCUAGAAGGCCACUAUCGGCACAGGCAUGUGCAGCGGAAGCGCGUGCAAGUCCUGGCCAGUUCAGCUCCGAAUCUUCACGGGCUUAUCCGAGCCGCGGCCAACAGCUCCGCCGGGCGAGCGUGGAUUCUGCCAUGGAGCCAGCAGAGGCUCCUGAUGAGACGGACAUUCAGCAACUGCAAGCUAGAAGGCCACUAUCGGCACAGGCAUGUGCAGCGGAAGCGCGUGCAAGUCCUGGCCAGUUCAGCUCCGAAUCUUCACGGGCUUAUCCGAGCCGUGGCCAACAGCUCCGCCGGGCGAGCGUGGAUUCUGCCAUGGAGCCAGCAGAGGCUCCUGAUGAGACGGACAUUCAGCAACUGCAAGCUAGAAGGCCGGCAUCGCCACAGGCGUUCGAAGCGCGUGGCAGACCUGGCGAGCUCCGCUCCGAGCCUUCAGGGGCGAGUCCUGGCAGCCAGCAGCUUCGCCGGGCCUUUGUGGACUCCGUCAUGGAACCAGCACCGGAGGAGGCCAGUUCGCCAUUGCAAGAUGGCAGGCCACCACAGGCAAGCGCAGCUGUCCAAAUGCAUGCGAGUACGAAGCAGUUCAGCGGUGCGCGGUCGGUUUUCCCAAGCACCAGCCAACAGCUUCGCCGAGCCAGCGUGGAAUCAGCCCUGGAAUCGGCGGAGGCGCCAGAGGAGACUGACGGUCCGCAACGGCAGAGCGAGAUAGUCAACCCGAAGCACCGGCCGCCGGCAUCGAGCUCAACGACCCUUUGCAGUCCAAGCUCAAAAGAGUCGUCCCCCUCCACUUCGGACGCCUGGCAGUCCCUUCGCACGUCGCCGCAAAGAGCAGAUCCUGCGGGAGAUGGACGGCAAGACGUGCAUGGCAGGAGACUGGAAGUCUCGAACCAGUGGACCUCGGGCUCAACUCCAUGCAGCCCAAGUUCCAAGGGCAGCCCCCAGUUUGGCCCGCGAUCGGACUCGCCAAGAUCUGCGCCCAGCGAGGAUGCCCUGCCCAGCCUGCAACUGCCUCUGUCCCCACGAUCCUCGGACUCAUCGCUGCCUGCCUCUCCAGAAGACGAGCCAGGUCAGUUUGGAGACCCGUCCCGGUCUGGAGGCUUCACACGCAUGGGCACGCCACCCUCGCGAAAAAGCCCAGCAAGCCCAGGCCAGUCUGGGAGCCAGUCUGGAGGCUUCACGCGCAUGACGAUGUCGUCGCCCGCUUCGCACAGUGACGCUCCUCCCAUCAGCCCGCAGGAUGGUCGAGGCCGCGAGCCGCCGCUGCCACCACCUACGCCCUCAGAAGAUGCCGACAGCGAGUCGGAAGGCGAGGGCGAGUCGCCGCCAGCGUCGAAGACGCCAGUGGAGGUGCCGCUGAAAAGCAAGGCGCCGGUGGAGGGGAAGGCGGGUGAAGCCCAGCACGAGGAGAAAGUGAAGGUUGAGGAGAGCUGGAAGAAGAGGCAGCUUGCUGAAGGAGUGAUACUCUUGCAGAGGUGGAACUCCCAGCGGACUCACAUGGAGAUGAAGCUAAGCAACAAGAAGUUGGCGGAUCUGAAGUUUACGGUGAACAUUGCCAAAAGUGUGAAUCUGGACUUUGCAGAGCCUGCUGCCAGUAAGGGGGCGCAAACCUGCACAGUUACAGCACCAGCUGCCGCUGACACCAAGAUUUGUCAAGUUGGCCAGGUGGAUGCCAGUUCCUCAGCACAGGUGCGGCUGUCCUUCAACUGGGUGCCCCAGCCAGUGCAGCGGAAAGAGCUAGAAGGCCUAGUCAAGGGCGAUCAGACCAGGCGAGCUGAUCUGGCUGCAAAGCUGAAGGCUGCGGGCAUCACAGCGAAGCUGGGCUCUGCCGUGCUAGUGGAGGAGGCUUGCGCGAAGAGUUGCAUCAACAGGUUCGUAGACGUGGAGUUUAUGCCGACUGAUGCGUCCCUCUUCAAGGACCCAUCGAAGGCAGACAACCCGGUGGUGGUGUGGAAGCGCCCCAGUGAGUUUUGCAGUGGUCCAGUACAAAUCUUCUCCGAUGAUGUGCAGCCAUCGGACAUCAACCAGGGCUGCUUGGGUGACUGCUGGUUUCUGGCUGCCCUUGCUGCAAUGGCAGAGCAGCCCAGGCUUAUCCAGGGACUCCUGGCAAAGAAUAAGGCCCAGCACAACCAGUGGGGGGUUUACGAAGUCAGCUGCUUCAAAAAUGGCCAGCCGACCACCAUCAUUGUGGACGACUUCUUUCCAUGCUCGCCGAACACUGGGAAGCCGUGCUAUGCACACGCAAAUGCGCAAGACCGCGGCGCCAACGAGCUUUGGGUCCUCAUUUUGGAGAAGGCCUGGGCAAAGCUGCACGGCUCCUACCAGCAACUGGAGGGCGGCGCACCGUAUCGUGCCUUGAUGGACCUUCUCGGCACUGCUGGCAAAGAGUAUUCCAUCAAGCACGAGCAGCAGCCCGGUGGGCUGAUUGCGGAGAACAAGUUUUUCGAGAUGUUGCGGAGAUACGACCGGAGGCGGUACUUGAUGGUGGCUGGCACUCCGGGAGUGGAUACCCUCACCAAGGGGGACCGCUCCGGCUCGGACCAGCAUGACCAGCUCUCAGGUCUGGUGCCUGGCCACGCCUACACCCUGCUCUCAGUGCAAGAGGCCUGCGGCCAGCGCCUGCUGCAGCUGCGGAAUGUUUGGGGGGACCACGAGUGGACGGGCGACUGGAGCGAUAAGAGCCCAUUGUGGACUCCAAAGAUGCGGCAAGCCUUCAAGCCCAGUUUCAAUGAGCACGACGGCGAGUUCUGGAUGUGCGAGGAGGACUUCCAAAAGCAUUUCUCCUCUCUGAGCGUGGCCUUUUACAGCGACACCUGGGCGGUGUCCCGCAUCCCCGUGCGCAGCACCGGGCGCGACAUCUGCGGUUUGGUGUCCAUCCGCGUCGCCGCAGAAGCCAAGGGCUUCAUUACCCUCCUCCAGACGGACAUCAGGGUGGUAGGCGCUCCCCCCUACACACAGUUUUCUUUUGCCCUUUAUGGGCCAGUCAGUGAUGGCCAGCCAAAGGAAGAGAUUCUUCGCAGUCCCCUUUGGCCUGUCAGAGAGUUAGUGGAGGAGAUUCCUCCGGAAAAGCCACUUGCGCCCGGUGAAUAUUGGGUGGCCAUUUUCUCGCCAGACAAGGUCAAGGAUCGGCCUUUCACGCUGAUGGUGGAGCUGGAUGAGGGGGGCAAGGAUGCCGGCUCUAAGUCGCACGUGGCCUCCACCAUAGCCUGGGACGAGAGCUUGCGGAAAAGCCUGGCCCUCGCGUCUUGCGCCAGCUCAGGUGCGCGCAAGGCCAAGAUGGGCCCUGCCAACACGUUGGGCACGUGGCUGCCGGACGGCGGAUAUGCACUGGCAGCUUCGUGCAAAGGGGGCAACAAAGAUAUUGCCAUGACCUUUGAUUUCUCCCGCUGCAAGGGCCUGGCUUUGAGAAACGGCAGCGACGGAAAAGCUGAGAUGACCUUCCGGGCCAAGGACGGAUUGAUGCUGGCAGGCGAGUUGCAGCCGGUGGCCAGCAAGAAGUCAUUUGCUGUUUCAGCUUCAUUCCAGGAAAGCAGAUGAUGUCGUCGGGAGAGUCGACAAGAGGCCGCCAAGGCCGGGGCUUCCGCGAAGCGGAAGGAGCUUUGUUCCACUUGGGCCGCCGGCAUAGGACAUGCCUCCGCGUUGCCCCUUUGCUCGUUUU